AUGAAAACGAUCGGGAAGUGGCUGUCCAUCGGUUCCAGACAUGAGUUGACUCGCGAUUGUUUCAUCACAAGAAGACUGUUAUCGUCGUUGAGUACGAGUGUGACCACCGAUGACGGCUCGAUAGUAGACGUCCAGAAGUAUCGACAACAGCACGACAUCCAGUGUUUCGGCGAUCGCAUACCGGAUCCGAUCCAGUCGUUUGACUCUUAUAAAUGGCCGCCAAAGUUGGCCCAAAAGAUCAAACAACUGGAGUUCAUAACUCCGACACCGAUUCAGUCCCAAUCAUUGCCAGUGAUCUUCUCGAGCAGGGAUUUGGUGGCCAUCGCCAGCUCCGGGUCCGGAAAGACGCUGUGCUUUGUGUUACCGGCGCUCUUGCGGACACUGAUCGCGGGUCUCGACCGAUGGCCCAAAUGUCUGAUACUAUCGCCGACCCGUGAGUUGACUCAUCAGAUCCAGACAGUGGUCGAUAAGUUUCAUUUCGCGCGAUCCGUGUGUCUGUACGGAGACGUGUCCUUCGAAGUGCAGUCAAUGCUCUUAAAGCGAGGCAAUCCUCAUAUAGUGAUCGCCACUCCCUCUCGGCUGAAGACCAUUCUGGAGACGGGUAUCGCACGACUCGAUUACGUGGACUUCAUUAUCGUCGACGAGGCGGACCUCAUGUUGCGGAUGGGCUUAGGCUCUGACUUUCAGUACAUAAUGAACGCAUUGCCCGCCAAACGCCAGACACUGAUGUUUUCGGCCACUUGGCCGCAAUCGGUUCAGUCGAUGGCCGAUCAGUUCCUCAAAGACUACGUGCGCGUGAAUGUCGGCAAAACGCGAUCCAAUCAAUCUCUGACUGUUAACAAAAAUAUUGAGCAAACGAUAAAAGUGUGCAAAGAGUGCGACAAAGAGAAGAUAUUGCUGGACAUUAUGAACGAAUUUGUUCCCACGAUAUCCGGAUUCAUCAAAACAAUCAUUUUUGUAAGACAUAAGAAAACGGCCGAUCGAUUGGUCCGUUCGCUGGCGCAGGACUCGUUUCCCGCCCGCGCUUUCCACUCAAACAAACACCAGCGCGAAAGGGAUUACGUUAUCAGAGAGUUUAGAAGGGGAAACAUUUCUAUAAUAGUGGCCACUGAUGUCGCCUCCAGAGGGUUAGAUUUCAAAGACGUAAAGCUCGUCAUUAACUAUGACUUCCCGUCCAAUCUGGAGGACUACACCCAUCGGAUCGGCAGAACCGGUAGACAUAAGGAGAAGGGACGGGCCGUCACUCUAUUCACUUCUAAGAAUAUUAUACACAAAACAAGUCUUAUAGAGCUGUUGACAGAAGCGGACCAAAACAGAAGUACUGAAAGCGAAGACACUUCAGAGAUGCCAGAAGAGUGUCAAGUGAUUAAGAGCUCAAUAUGCGAACUGACGGGCCAUCAGAGUGUCGUCAUUUCGUGCGACUGGAUCUCAGGUGUGGACCAAUGCGUGACCGCGUCGUGGGAUCACACGGCGAACAUCUAUGACUUCCAUACGGGACAACUGGUGGUGCAAUUGGCCGGACACGACCAGGAGCUGACCGACGUGUGCGCUCACGGGUCCGCUCGACUCAUAGUCACCUCAUCCCACGACACGACCUUCCGGUUGUGGGACUUCAGGGAUGCCAUACAUUCCGUCUCUGUAUUCCAGGGCCACACAGAGUCAGUCAUGUCGGCCUCCUUUCUGGGCACCGAUAAAGUCAUUUCGGGAGCAGACGACCGGACUGUCAAAGUGUGGGACUUACGUAAUAUGCGAGCGGCGCUGACGUCAAUAUACGUGGAGUCGCCGAUCAAUAAGUUUGCCGUCUCUGAGGCCGACAAUCUGAUA